CGGCGGCCUCGAAGGCGGCUGCAGAGUGGGGCGCCGAUCUCCCGGCGCUCUCUUCUGCUAGCCCGGCUGGUGGUCGGCCGGUCCGGGCUUCCUGCGCGUCUCGGGCCCAAGCGGGGCCUGUGGCCAGCUCCACGAGCCGCCAGCCUAUCCUGCUGCCCACAUGGCCGCCAUCAAGGCCCUGCAAGAAUGGUGCCGGCAGCAGUGCGAGGGCUACCGGGACGUGAGCAUCACCAACAUGACCACCUCGUUCCGCGAUGGCUUGGCCUUCUGCGCUAUCUUGCACCGACACCGGCCUGACCUUAUAAACUUCAGUGCCCUCCGGAAGGAAAACAUCUACGAGAACAACAAGUUGGCCUUCCUAGUGGCUGAGGAACAGCUGGGCAUCCCCGCCCUGCUAGACGCCGAGGACAUGGUGGCCUUGAAGAUUCCAGACCGGCUAAGCAUCCUCACCUACGUGUCACAGUAUUACAACUACUUCCACGGCCGGUCCCCAAUUGGGGGCAUGGCUGGCAUAAAGAGACCCGCAUCAGAUUCGACUGAAGAGCUUUCUGGAAAGAAGAAGGGCCUGUCCCAGCCUGCCAAGUCGCCCUCACCUGCUCCAACCCGGAGGUCACCACUGUCCCCAGCUAGGACAAACCCUGUGGUUCAGAGGAAUGAAGGUGGUUCGGAGAGACCAUCCCCAAAGGCUGCUCUGGGGACUGCGGGGAGCUCCGUCAGCAGCAUCUGUGGGGUCUGCGGCAAACACGUUCACCUGGUGCAGCGGCACCUGGCUGACGGGCGCCUCUACCACCGGAGCUGCUUCAGGUGUAAACAGUGCUCCAACACGCUGCACUCAGGGGCCUACCGUGCCACGGGAGAGCCUGGUGUCUUUGUGUGUACCCACCACUCCUCGGAAGUCACCUCUGCGAGCCCCAAGUUGUCAAACCCGGCAUCCAGGAAGCCAGGGGGUGCCACCACAGACACCAGGCCAGUCAGCACUUCACGGAAGGUUCAGGAGGCAAAUGGCGAGGUGACACCCCCGAGGGCCAGGACAGCGGUCUGGGAACACGCUGGAGGCAACACAACCGCCAAAGGUUUUGUCCAGACUGAACUGAAGCCGACAGCUACCUCCCGAGUCCAUGUGGGGAGCCCCGCAGGGCCCAGGCUACCGCCAAGCACAGCGGCUACCACUUCUGUGACUAGCAAAGCUAUUACCCAUGUCACUAACAGCUCCCCAACAGGAUGGUCAUCACCUGCCCAGAGCAGCGCAGUGGGCUGCGGCUCCCGUCCGGUUGUGUCCUCAAGUGCUCUGAACUCUCACCUGUCUGUGCCCCAAGGCCAGGCAGCCUCAAAAGGUGUUAAGACGCAGCUCAACUUGAGCACAGACUCUUCAACCACAGCGGCCACCCCGGCCUGGUCCUCCUCAGCCUCUAGGACCCAGCAGGCACGAGAGAAAUUUUUCCAGAACUCUUCCCCAGCCCCAGCCCCAGCCCCAGCCAGCAGCAGUCCCGCCAGCAGGGGCUCCACUGUAGUGAAUACCUCUACCAGCAAGGUCCCCACUGUGGUGACUGCCCCCACCAGCAGAGUCACCACUGUGGUGACUGCCCCCACCAGCAGAGUCACCACUGUGGUGAAUACCCCCACCAGCAGAGUCACCACUGCCCCCACCAGCAGAGUCACCACUGUGGUGAAUACCCCCACCAGCAAAGUCACCACUGUGGUGACUGCCCCCACCAGCAGAGUGUCCACUGUGGUGAAUUCCACUAACAGCGGGGUCACCACGGGGGCGAACACCCCCAUCAGCAAGGGCCCCGCUGUAGUGAAUGCCACAGAUGGCAGAGUGCCCACUGUGGUGAAUGCCACUGGUAGGGUCUCUGCUGUGGUGAAUACCUCUGCCAGCAAAGUCUCUGCCGUUGUGGAUGCCCCUGCCCAGGAGAACAGCCGGGAGCAAGCACUAAGUGUCCUUAGGAAGGCCCUGCCGAGGCUGACGGGAGCAGAUACCCAGGCUCCAAGCAGGUCCUCCCCAGCCACGUCCUCUGUCCUGAUCACCCUUCCCAAGAAUGAAGUGCCACAAAAAGUUCCCUCAGCCAAGCCACUACAUUCAACCACCCAGACCUUUAGUUCUACUUCAAAGAUGGAGCCUAGAGCCCCACUGACUGUGGGCAACACCCCACGGAUAUCUGUACCACUCCAGGCUGGCAAAAAGAGCCCGGGUAUUUCUCCAGGGGUUGCUAAGACUGGCGCUGGCUCCAGGCCACAGGCAGAGGUGGCAGUAGUAAAGGGUCCAGGUCCCACCUCUCAGGAAGGCCAAGAGGAGGGGCCAGAAGGAUGGAGGGCCCGGCUGAAGCCUGUGGAUAAGAAAAUCCCUGCUGGGAGGUCUCUGGAGCAAAAGGAGCCAGUCCUGGCAGAACUGAGGGCAGGGGACACUCCCAGGAAAGCCCCCAGUAACUCUGACUCCAGCACCCAUAUCACCUUGACUACCUUUCAUCACAAGAGGAUACCAUGCUCUGCUGCUCCCGGGCCCAGCCUUGCAGCCCCCUCUCCUUCUCCAUCGCACCGCAAGAAGCUAGCUGUCCCUGCCAGCCUUGAUGUCUCUGCUGACUGGCUUCAGCCGGAGCCCAAGAAGCAGGAAGAUCAGACUAGAAGCUGUAAGGAGAAGACCCCCACCUGGGGGACAAGAGAGAGGUCUGCAAUCCCGGACAGUAGCCUUGCUUCACCCAAUGAGACUGUGCCCUCCCCAGUCAGGCUCAACCCCAACUACAUGCCCCAGGAAGAGCUGCAGAGACAGCUGCAGGAGAUUGAGAGCCAACUGGAUGCCCUGGAGGUCAGGGGUGUUGAGUUGGAGAAGCGCCUGCGGGCAGCUGAGGGAGAUGCUUCCGAGGAUGGCCUCAUGGUGGACUGGUUCCGGCUUAUUCAUGAGAAGCAGCUGCUGCUGAGGCUUGAAUCGGAGCUCAUGUACAAGUUCAAGGACCAGCACCUGGAAGAGCGACAGCUGGACCUCCAGGGUGAGCUGCGCAGGCUGAUGGACAAGCCAGAGUAUCUGAAGUCCCCCCAGGACCGCCAGCGGGAGCAGGAGCUGCUGAGCCAGUAUGUGAACACUGUGAAUGACCGGAGUGACAUCGUUGACUUCCUGGAUGAGGAUCGGCUCCGGGAACAGGAGGAGGACCAAAUACUGGAGAACAUGAUCCAGAACCUGGGCCUACAGAGAAAGAAGUCCAAGUCCUUCUUGUCUAAGAUCUGGUCCUCGAAGAGCAAAAGUGGGCAGGCCUGAGCUGCGCACGGCUGGCACUGGGCCCUGGCCAGGAAGAGAUUGGCACUGCCGCUCCAGAAGGGAUGCUUGGGGGUACAGGGGCCCAUGCCUCCAACUCUGGGUCCGUGCAACCUCAAUAAAGACACUGACCUUCCCA